CGAAUUUUUCCGUCCACGCGACCUCCUCCGCCGCGCCUGUCGACGGUCUGUGAUACAUCAACAUGGAAGAUAACAUCCGAGCGCCGGAUGUGCAACGGUAUCGGAAUCACUCGGUUGACGACGAUGGAAUGUAUCGUCGAGGCUCCAUCGGAACAAGCAGCGAAGGCGAGAGUAGCAGCAUCUGUCAACCAUUUUUCUAUCGCAGCAGCUCCAUUUCCAGCACCACGUCCUCCGACAUGCGUUCCAUUCAAGGGAAGACAUCGUUGUUGGAAGAACUGAAAGGACGGCUCGAAGAACAUCCGUUGUUGCCACUAGUCCAUCAGCAGCUUGCCGUAGUGCAUGCCACGUGCAACGUCCAACGUGCCCGCAUGCGGCAGUGGAAGGACGACGAGAUUGAUUUGGCGAUGAAAGAAGAGGACCAGUAUUACGACGACGUCGAGCGAUUUGUGCUGAUCAUCGACGCCAUGCAAGCCAAGAUCGAAUCGAUGCAACCCUCCGUACAGGCGUCCGUUUCCUCCAGCAUUCCAACGCCUCCUCGUAUUUGUGCCACCACCGACGAUACAUCCGACCUGGCCUCGGCAAGACGCCACGUCGCAGCUCUCGAAGCGGCUGUGGCUGAAUCACGGGCCCAAUGCCAAGAGCUAGAAUCGCAAGCCAGUGCCUUGCGCGACGUGAACGAAGCGCUGAGUGCGCGUGCGAAGUCCUGGAAGAAAGCGCAAGUGGAAAAAGAAUCUGCCGUCGAACGAACGUGGAUGGAACGGCAGCAUGCAGCGACGAUGUCAUUGCAGCAACGAGUGGACGCAUUGCAAACCGAGCUGGCCGUGGCACAGAAACGAGGCGAGUCGUCGCACCACCAAUGGUCAGACCUGCAAAUGACCCACCACGACACAUUGGACCACUUGAAAGAAGCAUACCGAGACGUGAUUGACGCGAACGGCAAACUGCAGGAAGAGCACCGCCUUGGACUUGGUAGAGACGCCAUUAUCAAGAAAUACGAGGAAUUGCAAGCAAAGUGGGCAACGGAACGGACGUCGCUCGAAACGAGUCGUCACAAUCUUGCGACCGAAUUAAGCGAAUAUCGCGACGAAUUACGGCGCGUGACUGACGAAUUAGCAUCAAAGACAUUGCGUGAGGAGGACUUGACACGUCAGGUAGCCGCCGCCGCCGCCGAGCGUCUGCAAGAUCAACGCGAAAAUGCAAACUGGCACGACAAGUACAACGUAGUCAUCGCCAAGCUGGACGAGGCCCAGGCGACAAUUAUGUCGUUGGAGGCAACGGUCAAGGCAACGACGAGUCGACUCGACGACACGAUGUCGCAGCUCGAGUUUGCGCGCCAAAAUGCCCGCGAGUUUGACGACGAACGACAUCAAGCCAAGAGUCAAGUGGAAGAGCUUCGAGAGGCCCUCCAAGACGUGCAAAGCACGCUGGCUCAUCGCACCCAGGAAAAGACGGACGCCGUGACGUCGGUGGGCCGAUUGAACGAUCUGCACAUCGAAGUGGUGGCGUUGCUGGCGGAAAAGGAGCGUAUGUUGGACCGAGUGUCGACGAUGUUGGGUCAAAACCAGCAGCGUGUGGACCAACUGGAGGCGUCGAUCGAAGCCAAAGACGAUGAAAUCAACCGGCUGAAGCGGCAGAGCUCGACGACGGCGGCAGCGUUGGAUGACACGUUCCAACGACUGCAGGCGUUUGACCAACUAAGCAUGGCAUACCACGACACGAGAAUUCAGUACGAAGCUCGUCAAAGCGAGAUUGAGCAACUAGAGUCCCAGCUGCGUGCGGCCGAUACGUCCGCGGCAGCGUUGCAGCGAUCGUUGCUGGAACGGCAAGAGCAACUGGAUGCCGCGGUGGAGCAACGAGUCGACUUGGAAGCGCGGUUCCGUGAACUGCAGAGCAUUUGCCACGACCUGGUGGCCAAGCUCGAGCUCGCCGAGGACAAAACCCGCGCACAAUCCGAGCAGUUAGAUGUGAGGGCCGCGCACGACGAGCUACAAUCUGCCCACGCCAGUCUCCAACACACCCUGCACGACGUCCAACGUGCUGCAAAUGCCAAAGUUCAAGAGUUAGAGGCUGCCCUGUCGGGAAUGUAUGACUCGACGAAACAAAAAGACUGUGAACUGGCCGCGCUGCGAUCGGAUAUGGACCGACUGGCGGAUGAACAAAACCACAUGUUGGCCAACGAAAGAGAGCGCGGGGAACGGAAUACACGAGCGCUCGAGUCGAAAUGUGCAGCUUUGCAGGCCAAAGUGGAUGCAUUGCAACAGCAAAACAGCCAGCUCGACGCGUUGGUGCAAACACACAAAGGGUCGUGCAACGAAUGGCGCGACGCAUGUCAAGAGGCUGCGACCAACGCGGAAACGCUCAAGCGUGAGUUGACUCAAGUACAAGUUGACAAGGCGCAUGAGAUUUCGGACAUGUCGGAGCGACUGGAGGCUUUGGAGAAGGACCACAAGACCCUCAAAGCACGCGAACGUACUGUGUCCAUGCAAAACACCGAGAUGACACAACGACUUGACUCGAUCACAACCGCUCGUGACGCUGAAAUGCACGAGUGGAAAGUGGCGGUAGCUCAAUGGACUUCCUCCCGCGAACGCAGCCAAGCCAUGGUGGACGCGCUCAAGGGGGCCAUAGCCGAGAAAGACACUGCGUUGGGCCACGUACGAAGAGACCUCGACCACGCACGAGGCGAAUUGCUAGCGACAAAUGCGCAACUUGAGAUGGCCACGGAGGUUGGACAAAAGGCGGAACGCCGCGUUGAAGCGUUGAUGGCGACCGUUGAAUCGCUGCAGUCGCAAGUGACCUCCCAAUCCCAGUCGUUUCAAGACAAACACGUCGAGGAGUUUGAAAACUUGCGAGCUGCAUGUCACGACGUGUCGGCCGUGAAUCGCAUGUUGACCACGGAGCGCGAAAGCAUCCACGCGUGGCUCCAACAGUGGCUCGCGAAUGGCAGCAACGACCCCAACACGUCAUCGCAAUAUGCAACGGACGACAUCCAAGCAACUCUGGAUCGACUGGACAGUUGGUGGCGGGAACGCUUGACCACCACACAGUCGUUGGCCGAAACAGUGACCAAACUGAACGCCAAACUCAUGGCGACAGUGGACGUUGGCGCUCGCUUUGAAGCUCAAGUCGAUGCGUUGAUACAUCAACUAUUGGACGCGUUGGGAUCCCAUAACCGUUCAAACAACAACCAGACAUGUCACGGGGACAUCAAGAGAGCGAUCCACGAAGCCUUUGCACAUGCCAUUGCCCUGGCACGAUCUACCCAGAAAGAAACGACCCCACAAACGUCAAACUUGACGGCCAGUCGAAACAGCCACGCGUACAAGCUAAUGUCGACAAAACGGCCACAAGAUGCUAGUGCUACCGUGGUCGUCGUGGCAGAAACGGGUCCGUCUGACCAAGUCGGGCGUCCCAAUCAUGACAACCACGUCGUCCAGUUGAACGACCACCUCACGCACCUCAUGCAGCAAUGUCUGGCGUUGCAAGCGCGCAACGAAAAGUACAAGAAACAACUGCACACGAUGCGACAGCGUGAAAAGCUCCUGGAACGAGAUCUCCUCCUUGCGAUAAAGUAAACAAAUCGUCCUCCCAUCCUCUUCGAGCAUGCACAAUGUCGUUGACUUACUAAAAUAUCGC